AUGAAGCUGACUCGCGCAAUGCUCACGGCUGCCCUCGCCGCCGGCGCUGCCAGCGCUCUCCCGCGAUUGACCUCCGGGGCAGACUAUUCGAAUGCCAAAGAGCCCAGCAAAGAAAGCCUCGGUGUAACCCUGGCUGCGAACGAGAAGCGGUCCCAGCACUACAGCGACCCUCGCAUGGAGCUUGGCUCAAGUGACUGCAUCCAGACCGUACCCUCCACCCGGCGCGACUACCAGGGAGCCGAGCCGGGCAGUCAGAACGCGGAGUCCCCUGGAUUCGGGCAGGACUUCAAUGCGAUGCCCGCCGACCUCAACACCCGGGAUGACAGCCAAAUGCCCUCAUCUGCCGACAACGAGAUGCUUUCCGUCCAUCAGACCGCCACGGAAGAUGAACGCCACGGCACCGCUGACGGCGUCAGCAGCUCGCGCAGGGUCAACAAUUUCGCGGUCAUGGCCCGCAACGUUUUCAAAGAAGCCUUUGGGCUCUCCCGGGAUCAGCAGCGCACCGGCGCACAACAAGACGCCCGCCAGUCCGAGCAGGCCGAGCAGGCCGCAGAGAAGAGGAACGACGAGAACGCCACGGCGCGAAACCAGGAGGAUGCUCGCCGCGGCACCCGGCACAGCAACGCCAUGCCGCAAAACAGCUUCUCCCUCACCCGGUCCCGCGUGGGCAGGGCUGGCACCGACAUAACUAUGGAGGAUGCCCAGCGGGGGACGGAGCAGGGCGAGUAUCGCGAGGAAGAGCACUCGGAGCAGCAGCAGCAGCAGCAGCAGCAGCAGGCCUAG